UUGGAGUGUCGUUGGGAGCUCCGCGCGGUUCGCGGUGUGUCAAGUGCAGUGACGUGUAGAGGGUGCCGAAGUGGCGGGCUUCCUAGCCGCAGGUCGGGGGGCUCAUGCCCCCUUCCACCAGCACCACAUUGGUAAAAGUCAGUGUCCUGUGUUCCUAGAGUUAUCAGACUAGAUUUUUUGAAGUUUUCUAUUCGCGAACUUUGAAUGUGACAUAUAGCAUCAGUGAUGCCGACUUACGGAGGAAGAGGCGAAGCAGGCGGCGCGAUGGCGUGCGCCGGCUGCGAGAAGCCGAUCCUGGACAAGUUCCUCCUCCACGUGCUGGAGCGCGCGUGGCACGCCGCGUGCGUGCGAUGCGCGGACUGCCGCGCGCCGCUCGCGGACAAAUGCUACUCUAGGGAUAACAAACUGUUCUGUAGGAAUGAUUUUUUCAGGCGAUAUGGUACAAAAUGCAGCGGCUGCGGCCACGGGAUCUCACCAUCGGACCUGGUCAGGAAAGCGCGGGAAAAAGUCUUCCACCUCAACUGCUUUACCUGCCUCGUCUGCAGAAAGCAGCUGUCAACUGGUGAAGAACUAUACGUCUUGGAUGACAACAAAUUCAUAUGUAAAGAGGAUUACCUUGCUGGAAAGGCACCGACACAUUCGGAUUCCCUCCUUGGCUCGGGGUCUGAUGAAGAAGAGGAGGAGGAAUCAAGAACAGCGAACAAUUCAAGUAGUCCAGCUCAUGCGACGCAUCCAGCGUUACAUUCCGACCUUUCGCAUAAUGGGGACACGAAGCCACAUGAGGAUUCGGAAGACCAGGGUUCCCUGGACGGUGACCCGGAGACGCGGGACUCGCAAGCGGAGAACAAAUCCCCAGAUGACGGGAACGGCGGCUCCAAGAGACGAGGUCCUCGAACAACGAUAAAGGCGAAGCAGCUAGAAAUAUUGAAGUCUGCGUUCUCACAGACGCCUAAACCCACGAGGCAUAUACGAGAACAGCUGGCGAAAGAGACUGGACUGCCUAUGCGGGUUAUACAGGUGUGGUUUCAAAAUAAGCGUUCAAAAGAGCGACGUUUAAAGCAACUAACAUCAAUGGGGAGGGGUCCUUUCUUCGGCUCGUCACGCAAGAUGCGAGGGUUCCCCAUGAACCUCUCGCCGGGAGGGCUAGAGGAAGGGCCUCCGGGGUUCCCAUACUUCGCGACAGCAGAUGGCAAGUUCGAGUUUGGCUAUGGUCCGCCGUUCCACCAUGAUGCGCCGUUCUUCCAUCCACCUCCUUCCAUGCCGUUUAAUCAGCCAGGUCGUUUCGCAGGCGGAAUGGAGUCGCUGCCAGGCGGCGAGUUCCCCGAGCAGUUCCCUCCGCCCGACCACCUGGUGCUGCCGCGGCCCUCGUCCCCCGAGUUCACGUUCGGCGACGCACCGCCACCUCUCCACCCCGAGGGCCUGGUGUGGUAGCUGAAGCCGGAGCCGCGUGACUACCACGACUGAUGCGGCUCGAUUGGCUAUACUGUGGACUGAAUAACGUUACGAACCGAUAACGAUAACGAUACCGGUAUUCUUGUGUUAUCUGUGAACGUUUCCCCCGGUUUAUGUUCUGUGCAUUUUUACGUUUACGCGCCUUUGUGAUUCGUGAAUGGACACUUUCAAGGGUACGAUUUGUGGUUGUUUCGAUGCAAUUUUGUAAAUUAAAUAUCAUUAGCAUUAUAUGCACGUAACGUUGUGUGAUUAAAUUGUGAAUAGUGUACAGAAAUAAAGUUUUAUAAUAUAUCUUAUGAUAAAGCAAAUACAUAAUUUAUUUAGUAGGUAUUAGAACGUGGUCGUUAUACAAAAUCAUUUUGGUUCCUAUUUUAAGAUAGUUUAUACGCAUUAUCUUUUGUGUAUUUAUUAAUUAUGUUUUAUUAGCCAAUUAGGUAAAUUGAAAUACAUAAGAGAAAUAGUAUCUACUUACAUACUACAGGCCCUAAUACAAAAUAAUGACUUGUUAAAAGAAUUGAGUGUAAAUAUUAUAUUCGUAAAUGAGCAUAAUAUCAAGUGUUUUAAAUAAGUAAAUCACGUCUUUAAAAUGUUAUUUUGUCAUUUUAAUUACUUUUGAAUAUUUGUCUUAAUUAUCAUUUGUUGUUUUUAAACUGCAUUGCUUUUUUUAAAGUAACGAUCGUCGAUUUUUUUUAAUCAUUGUUAGUUUGACUGUAAAAAUGUAAGAUAUUUAUUAUUAUAGAGGUAUUUUCAUUGCAAUUCCAUAAUUAGGGGAUCAUUGUAUUUAAUUAUAAGUACGUUUUCCAGUGUACUGAACCAAAAAAUAAGAAAAAUGCUUUAUGCAAUUUAACCUAUGUAUAUUUUAAAGUGCAAGUAAAAGUUUUUUUUUCAAAGCGAGCACCACCUAACCUUACCAAGUAUUCUGCUAAUACUGGUAUGUGGAUAUUUGUAUAUAACGUUAUAUAAAUUUGAGAUAUUUUUUUUUUAAUAAUUUAGAUAUAUUCAUCUUAAAAUGGCUACCUUUUCUACAUUUAUUUAUAACAAUGAUUUUUGGUUCAGUACAAAGAAAAAUGUGUAUAAAACAGGAUCGCAUAGUUGUAUGUAUGUUUGUACUUUACUAUAAGUGUUAAUAUCAAGUACUUACAUACUGUUGUCUAUCUGUAUUUAGUAAAUUAAUAAAAUAUAAUGGAAUUGUCUGUAAGAUUAAAAUCUAUUCGAUAA